CACGAGAAAUCAUUUUCCAGCUUUGUUGCAAACUUCGUUAGUCUUCUUCACUCAAUUUUGAAACAUGGCUUCUUGGGACAACCGCGUCGUCACCAACGAGCACUUGCUCCCUUACGUCGACUCCAACACGGCCCCGCCAGACAUCAAGGCUGCUCUGCAGACUCUGCCGUUCGAGAGGAACAUCUUCAAGCUCCUCGCCAACAGUAAUGUGUUCUUCAAACCAUUCAUGACUCUUCUUUCCUCCAGCUGGAGUGAGAAUCGAAAGAUUCUCCCUUCUGAAUGGCAAACCACUGUUCUACGUACGGCAGCCACUCUAGAUGCCCCUUACGAGUGGGAUGUCAACGAGCCUGUCGCACGCGUCCUCGGUCUCACAGAGGAACAAUUCGCGGCUCUUCGCAAUCCCAAAGAACCAUUGCCCGAGAGUCUUUUCACUCCGCGCCAGCGACUGAUCGCCCGCAUUGUUGAAGAGCUCAGUCGCCAACCCAGGGUCAGCAAGGACGUCAUGGAUGAGGCUCUAAAAGCUUUCAGUCACGAGGAGAUCACGGAGAUCUUCUUUCUCAAUGGUAUUUACGGCUUCUUGGCUCGCUUUAUGAACAGCGCCAGAAUUGACUUUGAUGAGCCUAUUCCCGGCUUGCUGGACAUUCUGCGCAAGUACAAUGCGUCGGCCAUUGAACGAGAAGAGCAGGCAAAGAAGUAGAUUUGGAUGACUGGUAGCCUUAGACUCAUAGAAGAAAUCAGUUAAUUAAUUCACAUA